AUGUAUCAAAGAUCUUUGAUGAAGCCACAAAAUAUGUCAAACAUUCCACCACUUAGAUUUCCCCAGAAGCUGUAUAAAAUAGCAAAUGAAUGCCAGAGCGGUGCUGUGAGCUGGAGUCCGGAUGGGAAAUCUGUAUUACUUCGCUAUUCAUUAUUUAAGGAUGAAUUCAUGAGCAUUAAAAGUGAUUUUUUUAAAACAGAUAACAUUUCAAGCUUUGUGAGGCAACUGAAUUUGUACGGCUUUAGAAAAGUCUAUGAUCAUGCCCAUAAACAUGCGUACAGGGCUAAUCCGGAUUUGCAUGAGUUUUCAAACUCAUACUUUCAACGUGAUAGACCAGAUUUGUUAGAUAAAGUGGUAAGAAAGUCCGGAAUUCUGAAGGACCGAAAUGAUUACCUUUUAGAUGGCCCAAGGUCACCGGGAUACAUCCCCAGUUUCUUUGACGAAGAUCUAACCGAUGAAAUAGCAUCGAAAGAAAAUAUUUACCCAUAUGAAAACGUCGAAGAAACUGUUCAAAAGCCCAGACUCAUCAAAAGUAUUUUUAUAGACGAACCAGAAGAAAAGAAGGUUGAGCCACCAAAACUAGUUGAAGAAAUCAGCAAAGAAAACAAGUGCUCUUCAGUCUCACCAGUCGAACCUCUACCAGAAGAAAAUGCUCCAAGGGAAGAAGCUGCAGCAACUUCAGUCGUUCUCGUGCCACCCCCAAAGAAGAAAAGAGGAAGGAAGCCAGGCACUAAGAGUGAUCCCAACAAGAUUCGAACCGCGAGAAAAAUCAAACUAGGAUUUAUUGGUAGGUCGAAGCAACGUCGUCACCGGUGCCCAACUUUAAAAAAUCCGGAAAGGUACCAGAACCUGAUUUAUUCUUAUGAAGAUGACAGCCCUUCAGUUUUCCUCCGUCAUACCAGCCCCGAUAUUAUGCUUUCCAGUACUCUCCCGUUCCAGGAGUCUCCUGAAUAUCUUGAGCUUAAGGAAGCUUUCUUGAGGAUGCAUGGUCAAGAAAUUUGCGCAAGGUAUACACCAAGUUGCCUGAAUAUUCACAGACUGAGUCUGUACCCCAGAGCUGGAACUUAA